AUGAUCUCCGGGACAGGCGACGACUUGCGACGGACCGUGGCCAGCCUACAGGAAUACAGCGACGACACGGGACUAACUGGAGCCAAAAAGGGACGGGAAAACGACGGCUUGUGGCUGAGAAGCGGUGCCUGGCGCCGUAUCGGAGACGAAUCACAAGUGGCCGGCGACGUCACGGAAACCACUGGAAGGGAUUUGCGCCGAUACGGAGAACAGACGAGAGAUAACAGUUGGCUUCUGGGCGAAGGAGAAUGCAGCAGAUUGGGCGGAGAAAGCGCGCUAUCGCCAUUUGAAGUAAUUUCGAGCGACACCAGAGGGCUGUGGGCACUGGGGUCUAAUGGCAAAGAGGCGCAGAGCGACCUGAACGGCUGGGAAUGCCGAGAGUGUCUUAGGCACCGAUGGGCACCCCCCAUACUGGGUAUCGAAAACGUGUCCGUGAUAGAGGGCGGGAAGUGUUUCAGUGGCGCUCACGGAACCGUUCGGGAGGGCGUUUGGUUGGAAGGCCCAAAAAGCGCCCACAGGGUGGCCAUUAAAACUGCGAGAGGGGAGGACUACACCGAGUUAUUGAAAAAGGAAUUUGAGAUUUUGAGUAGCCUGCCGUAUCACCGAAACGUGGUGUGGGUGAUCGGUGCGCGCCUGGGUGGCGACCCCGCCAUAGUGGAGGAGUGGAUGGACACGAACCUCGAGGCGCGCAUGGGGGACAUGACCGUGCACUUCACGUGCAUGGACAUUCUGAGGAUCGGGCUGGACGUGGCGAGGGGGAUGAGUCAUCUGCACGACAACGGGGUGACCCACUUCGACAUCAAGCCGUCGAACAUUCUGCUGGACCGGGAGGACGGCGCGAAGCUGGCGGACUUUACGUGCUCCAGGCGGAAGCUGACGUCCACGAUAUCGGCCGAGGGGCGCGGCACGCUGGGAUACGUGGCGCCGGAGAUUCUGAAACACGCGCUGAGAAAGGGCCGAUUCCGCGCUCAGGGACCCAAACCCCACUUCCCCGCAGAGAAGAUCGACGUCUACAGCUUCGGCAAAGUACUACUGAAGUGCCUCACCGGGGAUCUUCGCCAUGCCGGGAGUCAGGCUGAGAGGGCCAGGCGAUCCUACCCUGAUCUCUGGGAUCUGAUCUGCCGGUGCACUGCAGUUGACCCUGUUGACCGAUCAACGUGCAGGGAGGUGGUGGCGGCGCUCGAGGGCAUGGUGGAAGGGGGCGGGGAUUGGAGGGCGGGGCGGCCGAGGGAGGAGAUCUGGCUGGAGUCGACGAGGCUGUAA